AUGGUGCAACAAACCGAAAGCUCUUCGUCCAGUGAAACAAUCCACCGCAUACUGCCGCCCUCGCCUCCCGCAACCGACAACAUGAAUCUGCUCGCUCUAAAAGAAAACACUCUCUCCCUCGCCAAAAUCCGUGAUGUCCUCAUUCGCUGUGAGGAUACAAUCAUCUUUGCUUUUAUCGAACGAGCCCAAUUCAUGUCAAACGCAGCCAUAUACGAGCCUGGGAAAUUCGCAUUCGCUAAUGGCUUCUCGGGAUCAUUCCUCUCAUGGUUUCUGCUAGAAGUGGAAUCUGUGCAUGCAAAAGUACGCCGUUACACAUCCCCAGACGAAUACCCAUUCUCGUCACCAUCAUCACUCCCCGCACCCAUACUCCAAGCACUACCAUACCCAUCGAUACUGCACCCCAACGAUAUCAACAUCAACCCACAGAUAUUCGAUAUCUAUGUCAAGGAGAUUAUACCUGUUAUAGCGGCUGCUGGUGAUGACUUGAACUAUGGAAGUGCGACGACAAGGGAUAUUGAGGCGUUGCAGGCUAUUAGUCGGAGAAUACAUUAUGGCAAAUUCGUAGCAGAAGCAAAAUUCAUUGGUCCAGAACACGACAAAUACGUGUCGCUCAUCAAAGCACAAGAUCGUGCUGCAAUUGAAGAGCUGUUGACGGAUCGAGUCGUUGAGGCUCGUUUACUCGCUCGGCUGGAGAAGAAAGCGAUGGCUUAUGGACAGGAUCCUGAUGAUGUGUCGGCAGUCAAGAAUUAUAAAGUGAGGCCACAGGUUAUUAGAGAUGUUUAUGAGAAAUUUGUCAUUCCAUUGACAAAGUUGGUUGAAGUUGAUUAUCUGUUGAGGAGAUUGGAUUAA